AGCCUGGUUACUCAACUUCUUCCUGGUUGCGGUGUGGAAGCGGACGCGCGGAGCGGUAGGAUCAGACUGAGGCAGACCGGUCGGGAUGGUAGUGUGGAGCUCCGGGGCGUUUUGGGCGGAUAAAAUGGAGUCCCACCGGGAGACAGGAAUGUACACCGUAGACAAGUACUGACGAGCCGGUGAACACCAGUGGAAGUACCACGGGAGGGAUAUACGGCGAUAUAUAGCGAUUCAAGCCAGUGAGACAAAGUAGCCAAGAAAAAGUAGCCUACAAAUUGUUGCCCACUGGAGGCUUUGUCCCUUUACCCUUUACCCUAACCCCUUUACCCUAGCCCCUAACCCCUUUACCCUAGCCCCUAACCCCUUUACCCUAGCCCCUAACCCCUUUACCCUAGCCCCUAACCCGUUUACCCUAGCCCCUAACCUCUAACCCCUAGCCCCUUUACCGUAACCCCUUUACUCUAGCCCCUAACCCCUUUACCCUAGCCCUGACCCCAUCAUGGCCCACAGGUCCCAGAGUUCGGACUUCGGGGACAACCCGCUGGACCCUAACUUCCUGCCCCCCCACUACAGAGAAGAAUACCGUCUUGCCAUUGAUGCUCUGGUGGAGACAGACCUACAGGGCUACUAUGAGUUCCUUCAGACAGCAGACGUGGUGAACUUCCUUUGUCAGCCGGAGAUCGAACACAUCAAGACCACCGUUCAGACACCCAGCCAGGCGCCGACCUCCAACGUACCAGAGCUGUCUUAUCAUGAGGCAGACGCAGACGGCUCGUCUGACACCUACUGGCCGUUGCACUCUGACACGGCGGCCCCGGGGUUGGACCUGGGCUGGCCCCUCCAGGCACACAGCUUCAUCGGCCCCACAGAGGUCACGACCCUGGUCAACCCCAGCGAGCCCGACAUGCCCAGCAUCAAGGAGCAGGCCAGGAGGCUCAUCAAGAACGCACAACAUGUGAUUGCCGUGGUGAUGGACAUGUUUACAGACGUGGAUCUGUUUGCUGACUUGCUGGAUGCCACGGCGCGUAACGUCCCCGUUUACAUCCUAUUGGACGAACAGAACGCCCAUCACUUCGUCUCCAUGGUGACUAACUGCAAGAUCAACCUAGACCUUGUCCAUAUGAUGCGUGUGCGGACUGUGGCGGGAGUGACGUAUUUCUGUCGGACAGGGAAGUCGUUUAAAGGACAGGUGAAAGACCGCUUCCUAUUGGCUGACUGCAGGGCCGUGCUCAGCGGAAACUACAGUUUCAUGUGGUCCUACGAGAAGCUGCAUCGCUGCAUCGCUCAUCUCUUCCUGGGAGAACUAGUCACCACCUUUGACGAGGAGUUCCGCAUCCUGUUCGCCCAAUCACAGCCUCUCACCGUAGACCACGCCCUAGUGCCCGUCUCCUCUGACAGCAGCAGCAGCAGCAGUUACUACGGCAACCAGUUCGGCAUGAAGGGGCCCCUUCGACACCCUCUGGGUUUCCAACGACACACCCCGGAACUUACGGGCUACCCCUUCGGAGGAGGGGAACCUGAGCGUUCUGCAUUCCGUAGGGAUGACCUGUUCCGACAUGCCAUAGAAUCCGGAGGAGGACUGAAUCUUGGGACGUUUGCAGCGUCGCAGCAGUUCAGGAUGCAGCAGUCCUUCCUGGAGCAGGGCCGCUCCAUGGUCUCCAGGCAGAUGGAGAUAAGUGCCAGUGACUAUAAGGGUCAAAGCAACGCAGAGGGAACCCAGGAGAGCUACUCCUCUUCCAGACAGUACAUGAAGCACAGAGUCAUCAACAACCAGGAGGAGACAGAGCAGCACUACCACAGGGAGCAGAGCCAGUCCAGCCACUACUACCAGGGCGGUGAGGGACCUGGGUUAAUGCCGGGGCUGGGGCUAGGCUCGGGGCUAGGAGGACAUGGGUCAGGCCAUGGACGCUACAACAGGCUGAGGAACAGACCAGCGCUGGACCAGUACUCUGACUCAGGUUACCCCCAUGAGGAACCUCCUGGUCCAGAGGACUACGGCAGAGACUACCUCUCCUCUCAGGACCUGAAACACAACCCGGGACCACCACCGGCAGGGGGGAGGUACGGAGGUGGCAGCGACCACAAGAGGCCGACGGUGGGCCAGCCCUACGUCUGCCAGUCGUCCCCCACCCAUCCCAACCCCCCAGAGAAGCAGCUGUUCCCCGUCCCAGCAGAGGCAGACCAGGACCCCAAAGUCAAACAGGGCCUCCGCAGCUGGAGGAUCAACUCCUACCUCAGCACCUACGAAGACACAGGAGAGGAGGGGCUGCCACAACCUUUGGGCCCUGAUGCUUUCCAAGACCCAGAGUCUGAGGGAAAACCAUACGCCAGUGAGGGGUCUGUAUCCCGCUUUGAAGCGAGAGAGCCUCCGAAUGUCCCCUCCAAGCCUAGACCGGAUAUCCGACCACCACUGUACGGCAAGCCCUUCAUGCCCCAGAGCACGAGAAAGGACGGGGCCGACAGCAGGACCAUAGAGCGGGAGAGAGCGAGAGAGAAAGACCGAGAGAGGGAGGUGGGGGUGGAUGUGGAGAUGCCAUCGUCGAGGGAGGCUUCGGGAGAGGUUGUGCUCUCCAAACACGAGUCGUUCCGGACACGGAUCAACCCGAUGCUCCAGAGGAGCUCCCGGCUGCGCUCUUCCCUCAUCUUCUCCUCCUCCAAGACGGAGACCCACCUGGGAGGCCUGGGCAUGAAGGUGGCCAAUGAGGAGGAUGAGGAAUCCGACAUGCUUCGCACCACCUCCAUCGUCCAACAGAUCCUGGAGAAGAGAUUUUCCAAGUCCCGGGAACCCUUCGAGUGGCGGAAGAAGGCAGAGGAGAACGAGAGAGAGAAGAAGAAGGAAGACGAAGAGAAAGAAGUUGGGUUAAAAGAGGAGGCUAUGCCCCCCAAAGUCACCCCAGCAUCUACAGAUCCCCCCCAGCCGUUGAACAUGAAUGACCCUUCCAAUAGACUGCAGUACUUCAAGGAGCUGGCUGCUAAGAGAAACGCAUCCAAAGAGGCCGCGAUGAAAGGACCACUUCAGAAGACACCAGACCUCUCAAACACUACUUCUUCCACCACCUCCUCCUCCACCACCACUUCUUCUUCCACCACCACGCCUUCUUCCACCACCACCCCACCACUUCCACCACCACCCCUUCUUCCACCACCACUUCGUCCACCACCACCACCACCUCAGCCCCCAAAGUCCCCUCGUUCUGUGACUGCUCCAGAGCCUGCCCCGAUGAAACCAGAAGUCCCAGCCACAUUAGAGCGAGCACGCAAACUGUCCAUCACCUCAAGAUUCAAAACCUUUGAGCCUUCUACUUCCACAGUCCAGAGGAAAGACAGCAGCUCGGAGUCGCAGAGGAAAGACAGCAGCUCGGAGUCGCAGAGGAAAGACAGCAGCUCGGAGUCACAGAGGAAAGACAGCAGCUCGGAGUCACAGAGGAAAGACAGCAGCUCGGAGUCACAGAGGAAAGACAGCAGCUCGGAGUCACAGAGGAAAGACAGCAGCUCAGAGUCACAGAGGAAAGACAGCAGCUCGGAGUCACAGAGGAAAGACAGCAGCUCGGAGUCACAGAGGAAAGACAGCAGCUCGGAGUCACAGAGGAAAGACAGCAGCUCGGAGUCACAGAGGAAAGACAGCAGCUCGGAGUCACAGAGGAAAGACAGCAGCUCAGGGUCACAGAGGAAAGACAAGGAGCCCAGUAAGAUUCUGAAGCCUUUCCCUUCUCUGAAGCUGUUCAAGAGCUCCAACCCUCGCCGCGUCUCCUGUGAUGAGGAAACGCUAACAACAGACGCCACGGACGCGGAGAAGAGCGAGCUGAAGAAAUCUCGCUCCCAAAGCUUGUCCAGUAUGUCUCACGCUGAGUCCAAGGACGGAAAGAACCUGGGCUCCAGCACAUCCCUCAACACCCUGGGAGGGGAGGGCAAGGUCGACACCAAGCCCCUGGACUUCCUGAAGAAGCAGACCCAGAAACUCAAAGGCUUCCUGGGACCCAAGGACAAGAAGAGCUCCGGCGUUGCGACAUCGCCUUCCAGCGGAGACAACAAGACGAUGAGAACUGUGGUGGAGAGCUCCGAGGAGUCUGGGGCACGCCUAGUCUCCUCUUCUGCUGCCGACGCUAAAGCCACAGACUACGUAACUUCCUCAGACAAUCACAAAAUGACAGGUCCGUCUCGAUACCAGACCUCCAGCGGCUCGGUUCUGUUCAGUAGCAACCUGAGAGAUGACACCAAGGUCAUCCUGGAACAGAUUUCUGCCAACAGCCAGAAAAACCGUCUGGAGAGAGGAGGAGGAGAGGAGGCCGGAGGGGAGAAGGGGGUAGACAUGGCAGGAGAGAAAGGAGGGUUGGAGAGCAAUCCGUCGCUUGGGAGGAACCGCUUCCUUAGGCCCCAGGGAAACCCUCAGGAGAGAGACAGCCUGCUGAAGAGGAUGGAGAGCAUGAGGAAGGAGAAGAAGGUCUACAGCCGUUUUGAGAUGGGGAAUAACCUGGGAUAACUAAAGAUGGUCGAGGAAGCUAUUGACUGGAAGCUUAGUGUGUAUGGAGGGCUCACAAACACACACACCAUUCCCAGUUCACCAACAUAUGUGGCAAACGCAUCAUCAGAGUCCCUGAAAGAGAGAGGGAGAACACAAAACACAACAACAGCAGAUAGCUGUGUCAUCAGACUGCAGUCUUCCUGGAUACAGUCAGACACGGUUCAAAACCUUUAAAAAACAGACUACAAAAAACAGGAGUUGAAACUGUACCCAUAUGUGUGCCAAAGCUGGUCUUCUCUGGUUGGUUAUUUUGCCUUAUAUGGACUCUAUGGGACAACUCUUCACUAAUUCACUGCAACCCUUCAUCAAACACCUGGAGUGAGAGAGAGAGUGUGUUCAUGUUUUACUGCAAGGAAGCAACUAAAAACAUGCCCAGCCAUAAACCAUGCAUGUACAGAACUGCAAA